AUGCCUAUCAGUGAGGGAUACAUGUUAGAAUUUCUAGUGAAGGAUCAGACCUACUUUCUAUCAUAUCUCUCACAAGCUCAUCUUAAAAGACUAGUGCUUCCUCUUGGAUGUAUUCCAAAAGAUGAAGUCCGAAGACUUGCCCGAAAAUUUGAUUUGCCUAACCAAGAAAGAAGGGAUUCACAGGGAAUAUGCUUUCUUGGGAAGAUUAGGUUCAGUGAAUUUGUUGGAAGACAUAUUGGUGAAAAAGAAGGUAUACUAUUAGAAGCUGAAACAGGUGAUUUUUUAGGAGUCCACAGAGGCUUCUGGUUUUACACAAUUGGUCAACGCCAAGGUUUGGGUCUUGCAGGAGGACCAUGGUAUGUUGUUGAGAAAGAUGUAAAAAAUAAUGUGGUUUUUGUAUCAAGAAAUUAUUAUUCGGUUGAUAAAAGAAGACGAUCAUUUCUUGUUGGAUCCUUUAGAUGGAUCAGCGGAUCUCCUCCUCACAACUUAAACCAUUUAAGAUGCAAGGUUCGGCAUGGUCCGGUUUUCUAUGAUUGUAGUUUGCAUAUAGAAGAAAAAGAUGUUAUUGGCACCGUCCAAUUACCUGAAGGGGUAAUUUUGGAAUUAUGGGAUGAUGCUAAAGGGUUUCCUGUUUCUUUUUCUAACAAGGCUCGCCAUAUUGCAAAAAUAGAAGAUAAAUCUAAGCUUGGUAAACCCAUGCAGAUCAAACCAAAACCUCAAGAUUGUUUGAGGGAUUCGAUAUGGUUGUGA